AUGGUAAAGAUUUGGGAUAACCGCUCAAGGAAUCCGGUCCAAUCAUUUCCGGACGCUUCCGACUCGAUAACAUGCGUUGAGGAGCAUUCUCAGGUCAUUUCAACAUCCUGUAUCGAUGGUAAAGUCAGACACUAUGACUUGCGCAAAGGUGUUUUAAACAUUGACUCUUUUCAGAGUCCCAUUGUAUCGUUUGUUUAUUCCACAAAUUUCCCAUUACGCAUCAGAAUGUCAAUUUUGAGUGGCACCUCAGACUGCUACAUCAUUGGACUCUUGGAUGACACUAUACGUCUGGUAGAGCUAGGAGACACACUCAAGACUUACAAGGGCCAUGUUUACAACAACUAUAGGAUAAAGUCCACAAUGGAUCCGCUGGAAAAAUUUGUAAUCUCUGGCUGUUGUUCUGGAGACAUCCUCUACUAUUCGCUCGAUGGUUCUUCAGCCAGGACCCUAUACAGAGGCGCUCACAAGGGCGCAGUCACGUGCAUUGCAUUUUCAAACCCACAGCUACUCACAUCUGCUGGCAAGUUGAAGCGUGAUCUCGAAAAAAAUGUCAGGGAAUCGCUAAAGAGUGACAGCAUCGCAGUUUCCACGGGGCGUGAUGGCGCCCUAAAUGUAUAUACGCUUUCCUAUCGCGAAUGA